UCAAACAAAUCUCAAUGCCCAUACCCCCUUUCAAUGCCCAGUCAACGACAUGCAAAUGCAGAAUUCGACUUCUCAACCUGCUCAAAGUCAAGCUCGCAACGUCCCCCUGACAUUAACACACCCUGACAAUUCCAAGAACUCCAAAUUCAAGCACCCUUCGCUGAUCGAUUCGAUCCCUUUGGUCGUUAACCUCGAGAAUCGAAGCUCUAAGUGCUUCAUACCUGUCAUGAACUUCCCAAUUGUUGCGCUUUCCGAAUCUUCUUCAAGAGGGCAAGCCAUGUCUGCCAUGAGGUACUCGUUUGGCACAUUCCCUAGACGCUGGGAAGAAGAUUGAAGCUUAGGGAACCUGGGGAAAAAAUCAAUUCAAUUCAAUCCCAAUCGUUUCUCUAAAUCAUCAUCUAAGAAAUUCGAUUGAAAAUU